AUGGCUUUGCCACAUUGCGGCUUAUACUUCUUCAUUUUUCUGUAUCUAAUGGCUGGAGCAUGGACAUUUGCGACAGUGGAGAACAACGCGGAUCGCGAGCAACAACUUGGCAAAUUGUUUAAGAUUCGCAAUACAUAUCAGAAGAUUGCUGAAAUCGCAAGCGAAGAAUGUUCAAUUGCGUCGAGACAGUCCCACUUCAGAUCGCAAUUAUUCCGAUCACUUUCACAGUAUAAAAAUUUGAGAAGACUUAUUUGCAUGUUAUCAUCCUUUAUGGAAGGACGCGAUUUCCUGCUUAAUCCCGAUGUUAAUCAACUGGAGGAAUUGGUUUCACCAAAAUGGACUGCAGUACCUUCAAUUUUAUAUGCAUUGUCAAUUCUAACAACAACAGGUUAUUUAUCAGCAGUACCAAUGACAAAGCUUGGACAAUUUAUUGCUAUAGUUUACGGAUUAGUGGGCAUUCCACUGAUGGUACUGGCAGCAGUUGAUAUCGGACAUUUCUUAUCCGAUAUUGUCUUACGACUUUAUCGAAAAUACUGCAUGAUGAAACAUAGGUUUGCUAAAGCAUGCGGUUGUUCGGAAAAGAUGCGACUUAUUAUGGAAUUAAUGGAAACAAAGGGUGUUCCAUAUAUAUCCAAAAUUCGAAAACCGGAAAAAAAAAGUAAAGAAAUUAUUGUGACGAUAAAGGAAAAUAUUGGUGAAGUGAAACGCUUACCAUUAUCAGUGAAUGCUUCCAUCUUACUCGUCUUUUGCAUGCUUGGUGGCGUUUGCUAUACUGUCGCGGGUGGUCAGAAGAGUUUCUUGGAAGCAUUUUUCGUUACAUUCAAUUUAGUAGCUAAUUUAUCAAUGGCUGAAGUGCCUAAUGAUCUCAAUAAUAUUCUAACAUUUCUCUACAUUCUGAUCUUCGUCACAUUUGGUCUGGCGGUAUUAUCUAUGUGCGGUAACUUGGCAGCUUCCGAAUUAAGAGCUGUUUUCAUGAAAAUUCAUUAUUUUGGAAGAAAAAUUUCCUGGCAUAGACAUCAACUGUUAAAAGAAAAGAGACAUGGUACAGAACUUGCCGAAAUGCUUAAAGUUAUUAUUGCAAUCCGCGAGUUAAAUCCCGAGAAAGACAAUAUAACUUCAGAAGAUAUCAUGGGGAUAUUGAAUGAAAUACAAUAUAAUUCAUUUUGCCUCGAUCUUUGCAACCAAAAAAAACGACGUGAUACAAUCGCAUUUAUGCCGCAAAGCUUCGAAGCACUGCGAUUUGCAGAUGAGCUUGACGUGGAUGAUACAGUACAUCGUGCUUUGUCGCGAAAUCAUUUACUUUCGUGA